CCGAGCAGUGACUUCACCUGCCGGCUGCCGCUUCCUCCUCCUCCGUCCCGAUCUGGCUCCUUCCUUCUCUAUGAGCAGGCGAUGGAUGUUCAGGUCGAGGCUCUUGGAGUACACACGGAGGAAAGCAUCGCCACCGCGACAUUCCGGCUGCUUCCACACCAUUGGGGUUGCCAUGCUGGGCCCCUGUGAGUGCUUGGCGGCGGUGGCUUUGGCCGCACACGUCCCCGUCCCCUGGCUUGGCGGCGGUUAUGUUGCGCUGCGAUGGCCGGGUGGCUGCGCCGUGCCGCCGCCGGGGGCUGCUUCGUGCUGGGCCGCUGCAGCCCAUUCGUCGGUGCGGGGCCUGCGUUCAUGGACUUUGCCGGUCUCGUCGUUAGCUUGUCCGCCAAGUUUUGCAGGUAACCACGAUUCCAUUGUCCCUAUCGAUGGAGAAGGUCGACUGGACAGGAGCAUGGGUCGACGCGAGACGGUGGUGGACAUGGCGCAUCCCUUCGAUGACACCAGCAGACACGGCCAGAUUUGUGGCCAGAAAAGCCAUGGCGAUGAACUCCGCUUGACGUCCCGCGAGCGCUGGGCGACGCUUGAUGCGGUGACUGCAGAUUGUAGAGCAGGGGGACAGUAGUAGGCCAGAUCUACAAAAAAAAAUCUAUAAUUUUAAGUUUUUUGUUGUGUAUUUCUUCUUUUUGAUUAAAAAAAUGUUAUUUAUUUGGUAUGUUUAUGCAAUUUCCAUUUUUAUUUA